CAAUCUAGUCAUAUACCAAUGGGAUGUCUAUCUCCUUCUUUCUCUAAUAUCUCUAUUCACAAGAAAGUUCGAUUGUCAACAUGGCGGCAGCGAUGGAUGUUGAUACCCCAAGCGCCACGAAUAGUGGAGCAAGCAAGAAACGUUUUGAAGUGAAGAAGUGGAAUGCAGUGGCACUUUGGGCCUGGGACAUUGUGGUGGACAACUGUGCCAUCUGUAGGAAUCACAUUAUGGAUCUCUGCAUAGAGUGCCAGGCUAACCAGGCCUCUGCCACAUCAGAGGAGUGCACCGUAGCCUGGGGAGUCUGCAAUCAUGCAUUCCAUUUCCACUGUAUCUCUCGUUGGUUGAAGACCAGGCAGGUGUGCCCCCUAGACAACAGGGAGUGGGAGUUUCAGAAAUAUGGACACUAGGUGCAAUACUCUGGACCAUUACUUGGGCUUCUGCAAGUUUCAUGCUUUCUGUUGCUUUCUCCUUCUUUGUAUGAUAGACUCCACUUUGAGUACAUUGCAAAUACUGAGGACAUCCACCCCCACAUCUCAUUGUUUUAGGCUUGCUGGAAAACAGUAUUUUUUUAAGUUGAAUUUGCAAUGUUGUAAAUUAUAAAUAAACAAUGUUCUGUGUAA